AUGCAGAUCCUUGCUUUCUUGAGCAGGGCUGUUCCAUCAACAAGCAAAGUGCUUGGCCAAGCUUCCAAAUGUGAAGCCCAAUUAUACCGCCUGGCCAUGAACCAACAUGCACGUUGCUUGGCUGUUCCAGGAGGAAAAGCAGUGUUCAAAAGAGAUAAGCCUCAUUUGAAUGUUGGUACCAUCGGUCACGUCGAUCACGGAAAGACAACUUUAACUUCCGCCAUCACCAAAGUUUUGGCUGAUACUGUUAAGGGUGCCAAGUACAGAAAGUACGAAGAUAUCGAUAAUGCUCCAGAAGAGAAAGCUAGAGGAAUUACCAUCAAUGCUUUCCAUUUGGAAUAUGAAACAGCCAAAAGACAUUAUGCCCACAUUGACUGUCCCGGACACGCAGAUUACAUUAAGAAUAUGAUUACUGGAGCUGCUCAGAUGGAAGGAGCUAUUUUGGUAGUAGCUGCUACCGAUGGAACUAUGCCUCAAACCAGAGAACAUCUUCUUUUGGCUCGUCAAGUUGGAAUUCCUCGUGAAAAUAUUGUUGUAUACUUGAACAAGGCUGAUCUCAUUCCUGACCAAGAAACUCGCGAAUUGGUUGAGAUGGAAAUCAGAGAGCUUCUCAAUGAGUUCGAUUUCCCAGGAGAUCAAUUGAAGGUUAUCUUCGGUUCUGCUCUUUGCGCUUUGGAAGGAAAAGAACCAGAACUCGGAGCAAAAUCUGUUCAAGAACUCAUGGAUGUUUUGGACAACGAAUUCGUCAUCCCAGACAGAGAUUUGAACCAAGAACCCAUGUUCGCUGCUGAGCAUGUGUAUUCCAUUCAAGGAAGAGGAACUGUUAUCACUGGAAAGCUCGAGAGAGGAACUCUCAAGAGAGGAGACAAAAUCGAAAUUGUUGGUUGUGAUCGUGAAGGUGUCAAGUCUGUCAUUUCUGGACUUGAGUCAUUCCGUAAAACUGUUGACCAAGCUGAACCAGGAGAUCAACUCGGAAUUCUCCUUCGUGGACUUGGACCUAAAGAUGUUCGUAGAGGAUGCGUUCUCCUUCCACAAGCACAUAAGCACACUAUCACCGACAAAGUCAAGGCUCAAUUAUACGUUCUUAAACCAAGCGAAGGAGGUGGAAAAACUCCAUUAGCCAACUUCUUCCAAGAGCACGUCUUCUCUCUCACCUGGGAUACUGGAGCUACAUUGAAAAUCAAGGACAAGGACUUCAUUAUGCCAGGAGAAGCUGCCGAGGUUGAACUCCAUUUGAACCAAACUAUGUUCAUCGAGCCACAACAGAGAUUCACUAUCCGUAAAGGAACCACCACUAUUGGUACCGGUGUUUUCACUGAUGUUCUCCCCAAGCAAACUGCUGAGGAUAAGGAUCCUAAGCUGAAGAAGAAGGCCAUGAAGGCUGAAAUGGAAAGACUUGGAUUCAACCCAUACGGAGAAAUGGCUGAGAAGAGAUUGAAGCCCGAUUAUUCCAACUCUCCCAAGGAGAACCCACAUGCUAAGGCUUUCGAGGAAAUUGUCCAGUAA